AAAAAAAAAAAAAAAAAAACAGAUAAUUAGCAAACCCUCGUUUCAGUCCAGUACUACUAACUGAGAGAAAUCCACAAACCAAAACUUGGGAGGAACUACCGUGAAGCGCCAUCGAAAAAGAUGAUGAAGGCGAAGGCGUUUCACGGAGCCAACGUUUUCAUGUCGCGGAAACUCGUGCCCCCUGAAAUUUUCGACGCUCUUCACGACGCUCUCAACAACAAUGGCGCCGAGGUUUUCCUUUGUUCCGAUCCUUCUCGCUCCGGCCCUGACGAUUUCCACAUCAUCUCUUCUCCCGACCAUGACAAGUUCGAAGAUCUCAGAGCCAAAGGUUGUAACUUGCUUGGUCCGCAAUGCGUAUUUUCGUGUGCCAAAGAGCAUAGGGCUCUCCCGAAAAAACCAGGGUUCACAUGUUGCCUUGCAAUGGACGGUGUCAAAGUUAUGGCCUCUGGUUUUGACGCGGAUGAAAAGGGUAAGAUGGAGAAGUUGGUAUCAGGAAUGGGGGGAGUGUUUCAUUCUAAAGCAUCUUCGGAUGUUAGCUUUGUCAUUGCAAAGAAUGUUCUUGCUGCGAAAUACAAGUGGGCUGCACACAUCUUGAAGAAACCAGUUGUUACAGCGGAUUGGGUGUAUCAAUGCUGGAAUGAGCAUCGAAUUGUUCCCCAUGAAUCAUUCAGAGUUCUUCCUUUGUCUGGAUUGACCAUUUGUGUCACCAGAAUUCCAGCAAAUGAAAGGAAGGAAAUGGAAAAAAUCAUUGUACAGAGUGGUGGAAAAUACUCUGCUGAACUUACCAAGAAGUGCACACACCUAAUUUCUGAUUCUCCUGAAGGUGACAAAUAUAAGGUGGCUCGGAGAUGGGGCAAUAUUCAUAUUAUUAAUCGCAAAUGGUUUGAUCAGUCUGUAGCCAGAAGAGCACGUCUUGAUGAGGACUCCUAUCCUGUUCAGGGUGGUGGUUCUGUAUCUUCAAAGAAAAGGGGUGUAAAAAUGCAGCUUAGCCAAGGCAAGGAUAUUGGCAAUUUGCAAGCUGCACCAUCAUCAGUGGCUACAGACACCAAUUCAUCAGUGAUUCUUAGUGGCGGGUUUGUGUUGGAUUCUGAUAUAGAAGCUACCCUCUCACAAAGGACGUGCUCUACAUUCCCUGUUGCUCCAGUCAAUUUUAAACAGAGCGACGGCGAAGAACAGAGUGUAGCCAAUGAUUCUCAAUAUGAAGACAGUGACCUCUACUUGUCACGGUGUAGAAUAUUACUUGUUGGCUUUGAAGCUUCUGAAAUGCGCAGAUUAGUUAACAUGGUUCGUAGAGGAGGAGGCUCUCGAUAUGUUUUGUUCAAUGAUAAAUUGACGCAUAUAGUAGUUGGAACUCCUUCGGAGAUUGAGAAGAAGGAGGUAAGGAGUCUUGCAGCUUUUGGUAUCAUUCAUGUGGUCAGGACCACCUGGCUUGAAGAUUGUGAUCGUAAAAAAGAAGAGAUCCAUGUUCGCCAAAGUCAUAUUGCUCAUGACUGGCUUCUUCCUAAAGGAGCACUUAUGGGAUUGACAGGUCUAAAUCAAGCUAGAGUCUCUGCUGUUCAGCUGACCGUGCCAUCUAAUCCUUUAUCGGGUAGCAUACGAGGUGGGAUUGGAAUGGCAUCACCGUUGGAGGGAAACAAAAUUGAAAAACCAGAAAUCAACAUGAGUGGUGUCAACUUUAUAGCAACAGCAGCAAAAUCAUUGCAGCACAGUAACGUUACUGCUGUAAAUGAUAAAAGGAAGGGUCGAGUAAGUGAUGAUAAGAAUAAGGCUCCAAAGAGAGUGCAACUUGAUUUAAGUACUCAAAAUGGAAUAGUUUCAAAUGUAUUUGCAGGUAAAAUAUUUGGAUUUUCAAGUUCCUUUCCUGAAGAGCGGAAAGGUGAAAUAGUUCAAUGGAUAAAACAAGGAGGAGGUGAGGUAUUUGAUGCUUUUCUUAAGCAGAGUGUGAACUUCACAGUUGAGUGUCAUGGUGUGAUACCAAAGUUUGUUUAUGCUUGCCAAACUACAUGUGUAUCGAGUCAUUGGAUCCGUUCAUGUUUAGAGGAUGGAUGCUUGCUUAAUGUUAACGAUCACAUUCUAUAUUCUCCACUUCCCUGCCGGAUUCCUUUCCCUGGAUUUGAAAACUUUCGAUUUUGUGUUUCGCAAUAUGAAGAGAAAGAUCGACUGCUUUUGAAAAAUUUGUGCUUUGUUCUAGGAGCCAAAUUAGUAGAGAAAUUGACAAAGAAGGUCACUCAUCUCAUUUGCAAAUAUUCAAUUGGACCCAAGUAUGAGGCUGCUUGUAAAUGGGGAAUACGUUCAAUUACAUCUGAUUGGAUAUAUGAUAGUGUUAAGCAGAAUAAAAUUGUUCCUUUUGAACGAUAUUCUCCAAAAGAAAUUACUGCUCAAGAUCAAGAGGCUGGAUUGUGUACUGUGAGCCAGUUUCCUACACAAGCUGUCCGAAUGAUAUCUGGUGACAUUCCAUCUCAGUUUCCAAGUCAAUCAGAAGAGAUUAAAACAUCAUUAACAGGGAUUAUUGGUAGUAUAAAUGAAAGUUUCGGAGAAGGAGCUAAAUAUACUAGUGCAUUGCAUAAAAAAGCAAGGCCUUUGGAAGGUAAUGGUCAAAGGGAUCUGCUUUCUUCUGGGGCACGUCCGAGUGUUUCCAUAAUCAGUGCUAAUAAUUCCAUCAGAGACGAUGUGGUGGCAAAGGAUACAGAUGAAGUGUCUCAUGUUGUUCCGGAUGUAGCUGCAGCAAUUGAGGACUUGUUAGAGCAGACGAGUAAGAUUCAUGAUCAGAAGUCACCAGGAAGGACCGGUUGUGAUGAAAGUGUUUUCUCAUCCAAUUGCUCAACCCUUGGUCAAGAUCAUUCAGAGACACAUUCCAUCCUUGGCUUAUCUAAACACUGGUUAAACAGGGAAAAGGAUGACAACCACAAGACUUCUGGAGAUGGAAAAAUGGGCUUGUAUGAUGGAUUUAGUGAAACACAGACCGACUCCCAGGUUGUUGGUUAUGAAGAAGAUUUGUCCGGCAGGCAAAUGCUUAUUGAUCGGGUCCGUACCCGGAGUAGCAUGACUUAAGAUACCGGUAUAGCUCUUGUAAAAACUGCCAACAUUUUGACCUUAUUCCUGAAGCACUUGUGAAGAAGUCAUAAGUUUUUCAAAGCUUGAAAUGCUUCUGGGGUCAAAUGAAGAUAUUAUGGAGAAAAUGGAAACUGUGUCAAAGCAAAUUGAAGAAUACGAGCUUAUUGUGAAGCAACGUAAGGAAGAGCUGAAAGAGGAAAAGUUGAAGGCAAAAGAUGAAGCAGAGAAUCUUGCUUAAGAAAUGGCUGAACUUAAGUACCAUAUUACCGGCUUGCUAGGAGAAGAGCGUAAACGCCGUGCUUGUAUUGAACAAGCAUCUCCACUGGUAUCAGUUUACUAAUACUCUGUAUCGCAUGUGAUGAUUGCACUUUUUUCUAAAUGAUAUUUUAUUGGGGUGUUUGGCAAAUUGGCCUUCUUUUUAUAGUUAUUUUGCAAGACAGUCAUGUUUUGAGAUAUAUAUAUUUGUAAAUGGCAUUCUUUUGCAAAGCAUCAUUAUUCUUAUUAGGCUGAAAAAGAAUAACGAAGACCCUUGGAUGCUGCUAUCAAACAUCUCAAAAGAGCAUGGAGUCUGGUGACAUGUCUUGUCAAUGUGAGUGAAGCGUUAUGCCAAAAGUCAAUAAUUCCAUUGAUAAACUUUGGAGAACCUUUUGGAGCUGUUACUUCUGAAGGUUUUACAGAUUAUGCAUUAUAGAAGUUGAAUUUUCUGGAAUGAUAAUAUUUGCUUCUUUGCUUCUUGUUGACAAAUGAAGCAAUGGAUAGAAUAAUUUACUUGCUUAUCUUCUUGAUAAGGCAAGCAAGAAUUCCUUUCAAUAUCUUUCCUAAGCUUCCUUUAAUGGCUUUAAUUGUUUUUUUCAUGAACAUUAAACUAGUUCAAAUCUUUUCAAAUCUAUUAUCGAGAGAUUUCUGCUCCA